GCCACUAGAACUUGCACCUUAAAUUCUUUAUCUCAUAACAACAAUCAAUGGCAGAAGUAAAGCUACAUGGAUUCUGGUCUAGCCCAUUCAGUUGCAGAGCAAUAUGGGCUCUGAAAUUAAAAAGGGUGGAGUAUGAUUAUAUUGAAGAAGACCUUCAAAAUAAGAGUGAAGAGCUGCUGAGAUAUAACCCAGUUUACAAGAAGAUCCCUGUACUUGUUCAUGGCGGCAAGCCGGUUGCUGAGUCCCUUUUCAUUCUUGAAUACAUUGAAGAGACAUGGCCGGAGAAGCCGUUGCUGCCAAAAGAUGCGUAUGAGAGAGCUAUGGCUCGGUUUUGGAUGCAGUAUUGUGAUAAUAAGAGUCCAACACUUCAUGCAUUUUUUGGAGCUACUACCAAAGAAGAGCAAGAAAAGGCAGCAAAAGAAGCAUUUGAGGUGCUGAAAGUCUUGGAAGAGAAAGCCCUUGGGGAUAAGAAGUUUUUUGGUGGUGAUACAGUAAGUCUUGUAGACCUUACCUAUGGAUUAUUCACUCAUUGGUUUCAGGCAAUGGAAGAUUUAGUAGGUCUGAAAGUGCUGGAACAGAGCAAGUUGCCAAAAUUAUAUGCUUGGGCUAAGAAUUUCAAGGAAGUUCCUGAGGUCAAAGACAAUCUACCGGAUUAUGACAAGAUGCUGGCCCACAUGGCAAGUGUGAGGAAGAAACUCGCCAAAAAUUGAUUGUGACAAUUACUAGCACUACUGCCAAGGCCUCUUUUCCAUUAUCCAUGUCUAGCAUAGGGGUAACGGGCUUGAUCUUUUUGUUCUUCCGUAGUUAUGGAUGUAGUAAUGAUAAUUAAAAUCAAAUAACAGAUAUGGGUUUUACUGUGUUA